CUCUAACCCCCUGCAUCCCGCCAAACUCUUAAACCCUGCACCCUUCUCUUUCUCACAUGGCUUCUUUCAAAUUCUCCACAGCUUUUAACCGUACGUUUUGAAUUGCGCAUACCCUUUUCCUCACCCUCUUUGUUGGGUGAUCCAAGCUUCAAUUUUUUUGUCCAGUUUUGGCUUCCCGGUGCCAGGGUCGGCUCUGUUUGGUCCUUUCUUAAACCAAGACAUAAAACGGCUAGGAUUUGUUUUCCCGUUAGUUGAGUGGUAUCUUUUCUAAGCCAUGGGAAACCAUGAUUUUACAAUCAGGCAAAAGCAGGGUUUCUCAUGUCAGCAGAAUCAAUAUUUAGGAAAAGGGCAUAACUCUAAACUUGUUCUUGGUCAUAAUGAUGAUAUACAGUCAGGACAGGUUCAGGGUCCUGAGUGUCAUUUGAGUGAUGCUGAUGAUCAGGGCUUAGCAACUGCAAAUCAAGCACAAGAGAAUGAUUUGUCUGUGCAAAUGCAACAUGGUAGUAUUGAUAAGGUUGAAGAGAAGGAAUUAGGUCUGGAUGAAGUAAAUACUGAUAUCAAAGAUGAUGAUGAUCAAUUCACUGUUACUGAUCAGAGUCGUGACUUUGGUUCAUCUGAUAAUCAUGAAUUGGCACUUGUGGAAAGCCAGGAUGUUCAUGAGAACUUACAAUCAGAUGAGCAGCAGGAACAUCCGGAGAUGAGUAUCAUACCUGCCUUAGAUAUGUUCAUUGAACAGCCCCAGUUGGUAAUCAAUCCUCCUGUUCUUCAAUCUAGACCUGUGAUUCCAGUUCCUGACCAUCAGUUGUCUGUAGGACAAGAGUUUCCUGACGUCCAGAGCUGCCGGAGGGCACUGAGGGAUGCUGCCAUUGCUCUUAGAUUUGAGAUGCAGACUGUUAAGUCUGAUAAGUCUCGUUUCACUGCCAAGUGUGCAAGUCCAGGAUGCCCCUGGAGAAUUCAUGCUGCAAAACUUCCCGGUGUUCCUAAUUUCAGCAUUAGAACUAUUCACAACAAGCAUACUUGUGGAGGAAUCAAUCAUCUUGGCCAUCAACAAGCCUCGGUUCAGUGGGUUGCAGAUGCUGUGGCGGAACGCCUGAAGGAAAAUCCUCACUAUAAACCAAAGGAGAUACUGGAAGAGAUCCAUCAGUCCACAAAUGCAUAAAGUCGAUCAGAAGAUGCCCAUUUGAAUUUGAUAAGUCUUCCCAACUGUACGGAAUUAUUUUCUAUUGAUUUUGUGCGGUAAAGUGAGAGAGCUAACUCUUUCUAACUUCACUUGUUAUACCCACAUCCCUAUAAUAUAAAUUUAAGAACUCUUU